AGAAGGUUAAGCCUAGGGCCGCGUAUACUCAGCGGGGCGGGCUGGGAAAGUCAAGUCGUAAUUCCGACAAUGGAGGCUGACCGUUUUACUUCGCCUCCUCUUUCGGGUGCCAGCCGGCUUUGGAGGCUCAGCAACUUGAUCAUGGCCGUCUUCUUCGGGCUGGCUGGAGCCGUUCAGAUCAAUGACCCUGAUCCUGGACUUUGGAUAGUUGUGUACUCUGUCCCAGCAAGUCUUGCACUGGUAGUAAGCCUUAAUCCAUCAGUCACAGAUAACAUUGUGUGGAGGAGUAUAUCAGAUCUACAUUCAGCUGCUUGUUUUGUGGGUUCUGCUGUGCUGGGAUAUUCCUUGGUUACUACUGCUCAAAAUAACAUCUUGCAUGAGGAAGAAGGCAGGGAGUUAUUUGGUCUGGUGAUUGUUACUGCCUGGAUGAGCCUUUGUCGUAAUUCAGCCAAAAAUCCCCUGGGUAGAUUUCAUUUGGUCGUUGCAAUUUUCCUCUGUCUUUUUCCUUUUGUAAUGUGGUUAUUCAUCUAUGUGAAUACAGAAAUGCGAGCAUCAUGGCCAUCUCACUGUAAAACUGUUAUUUAAACUAAUGGAAAGCAUCAAGUGUUUCAUUACUUCAAAGGUUGUUUCUCUACUGAUACCAAAUGAACAGGAACCACACUUAAGGCUAAUUACUUCCCAUGAAGACCCGUUUCUCUAAAGUGCUUCUGAAGACUAAAAAUCCAGAAAGCUGAACUUUUGUGGAUUAUGACCUUUGUUUUCAACUGCUUUAAGGCUAGUUGUUUCAUGAUUUCCAUUUUACUAAUUGUGUGCCCUUGAUACAUGCAAGGGAUUGGGCUGAAUAAAUCAAAAGUGCCUCUGUGCCUCAUGUUGAAGCCACAGGACUGAAGCCAGACAUUCCUGGAAGAACUAUAUGUUGUAUUUAAUUGUGAAAUGUAAAUAAAUAUAUUAAUAAUUUGAUAAGAUGUAUCCGGUGUCUCUGAAAUUCCAUCCAUGCUUCUCUACAUACAUCUGCACUAUUUGGAUGAUUAUCAUACAAUUUGCCAUCCUUCCGAGUAAUGAACUCCAGGAAGUCAGGAGUCUUGACACUUUGUUCAGGUUCAAGAAAUCCUUUAUUGAGUACAUCAUAUCUGUGCAUAGAAAGAUGAAGCUAGUUCUAAAUCAUUCCCACGCUUAGGGAUAGUUAAAAGAAUGAGACCUCCCCCCCCCAUGUCUCAGGUCACAUGGGCCAAUUAGUCCAGAUGUAGAUUCCCGCCCAACUUCGACAGGUAUCCAUUGACAUGAUCUUGGUUCUCACUCUAGCUGGUAGAUGUUAUGGCUAGCCAGCUGAGGCACCACAUUCCUAAGUUCCCCUUCCCUUGAAGGCAACCAAGAAACAAAGCAGAAGCAGGCAUGGCUUCAUCUGAAGUAGUUUUGCAGGUUGACACAAAUCUUAAUCCAUAACAGAAUGUCAUAUUCCAUUUACCCUGUUUUCCCCAAAAUAAGACAUCCCCCGAUAAUAAGCCCAAUCGGGCUUUUGAGCGCAUGGCAAUAAAGGCCAAGUGCUUAUUUCAGGGUUCAAAAAAAAUAUAAGACGGUCUUAUUUUCGGGGAAACAUGGUAAUAAGCCAUAGAUUAAAAUUUGGAGAAGCCUUUGAUGUAGUGCUAAGAUAUUUCUCUGUAAAUUAUUCUUCACAGCUGUUUUAACUUAAGCCUAUGUGUUUUAAAGAGAGCCACCAUAUCUGGACUACAUAUAUUUGGAUAACUCUGAGAUUUCAAUAGACCUAGAAAACUAUUUUCUGCUGUCCAGUACCGUCUGGCUUUUUGCAGCUCAAAUAUAGUGAUUCUAAUAUUGAUAUGGAAUACCAAGAACUUCCAUUGUUAGCACUUUUUGUCUUUUGGUCAAUAAAUCCUUGCAUCUAAUUGGAUGUAGAUAAUUCUACAACUCAUUUUUAAUUGAAUAGAGUGUAUGAC